AUGGGCGCCACACUCUCACAGCCAUACAUCCCCAUGCUCCCAAGGAGCAUCAAAAGCAAGUCCAAACGCCCCAGAUACCUGUUUCGCCUUCCAAUCCGGUGGAAAAAGAAAAGAACUCUUCCAGAAAUCCACGCUCCCUUGCCCAACCCAGGCCACCAUGACCAUCGAGAGGAAUCCCGCGAGUCAAAGCUCUACGAUGGUAGUAGCGCCGAGGGUGAGGAGAGUUCUCCCUCCCACCAGUCCCUCCCUAUUACGUCUGCCAACGACAAGCCCUUACCAAAACUACCUCUGGAAGCAGUUUUCCCUGCGGCUCAAUUACCUAAUCAACAGGCGCAACUCAAUUUCUCUAGCGACCGUCCAGCCAAAGUCAUGCAAUCCAUCAACGCUUCUGUUGAAGACAUCAACCAAGAGGACGAUAAUGAGGAUGUCUCAGACUCAGACUCAGACUUUUCACCAGAGAUAGAGAGACCGCACACCCCACCGCCCUGGGACACUUCCCUUUCCGGGUACGGCUCCGUCCUCGAGAUUUCCCGUCCGUUCAGAGCCAGACGCGUGUUUGAGCACCCGCUUGUCGAGGGACACUUUUUGGGAAGCUAUAAGGGGGAUGACCUUAUUGGUGGUGGUGGUAGGGGGCCGAUAGCAGCUGAGGAGAAGAGGAGGGUGUGGAGGGUGUGGGAGUCAACAAACGAAAAAGGAAAAGGGGAAGGGGAAGGGAAAGGGGAAGAAAGAGGGAAAGGGAAAAGGAAAUACAAUGGAGUGGACGAUGAAUGGAAGGAGGUGGGGAUAAAGAGUGAAAGACAACAAAAGGCGAUAGAAGGAAGGGAAAGGGAAAGAGGAAAGAAGAGAACAAAGACAAGAAGAAUGUCCGAGUGGAAAAAGUGGAAGCCUUUACCUAGAUAUCCAGCUUGCACGGGAGUUGCUCAGAGGGCUACGUCUAGUACGUGGGCUGAUACUGCUGCUACUGGUGACAGCGACAGCGCAUGGAGAGAGGUUUUUGUUGAGCAGGCGGAAGACCAGGAAUAUCAUGGAGGAGAUGAGGAAGAGAAGGAAGACGAUGAGGACGAGGAUCUGGAGAAGGCAAUCAAGAGGUUCCUGGAGAUCAAGAUCCCAGUUGACUUGAGCAGUUUACGGCGGUUGAGAAUCAGUCUUGCGGGAACUGCCGGGGAACAUACCACGACUGGUGAGAGUGGGACUGGAGAAACUGCGGGAGGGAAGGCAGAAAAGGAACAUUUAGAUGGGGAGCAAGGCCAGUUAUCACCAGUCGACUCCUUGAUGUUCACGGACACGGACAUCGAGGGCUUUGAGUUUUUGAUUGAAGAGGAGGACGAAGGAGGUGGGACAUGGGAUUCGGGAACAGUUGUGGGAGUGACAAGCGGAAGGGUUGAAGGAAAAGGUGGAGCCUGCAAGAUGGAUGGGCUAAUUGGUGGUUUUGCAGGAGGAGAUGCAUCCAGAGCAGAAGUAUCUGAAGAAGAUUCUGACCACAACUUGACAGUGAGGACGGCUUUCAGCGUUACUCAAAGAUUGAGUCGGUGGAAGGAAAGGGUAUAA